AGGCCCAGAGAAUCCGGCUGCUCUCUUUUUUUUGUCCAGAACGCUCACCAACCCUUCCCCUCGCUCCUGGCAGCCUGCUGCCGGGCCCGAUGGCACGCUCCGCGCUGCUCGUGGCCCUCGCCGGUGCCCUCGGCGCGGGGGGCGCUCCCGCGCCCCGCCUGCGUGGGCCGCCCCCGCCCGCGGAGGGGAGGUGCUGCUUCAACGGGUGCGGCGACGUGAGCUCGUGCGUGACGGACUACUGCACCACGCGAGAGCAGUGCCUGUCGCCUCAGCCGGGCGGCGGCUGCGAUGCGUCCCCACCCCACGGCAAGGGAGCGAGGCCCAGCUGGUGCCCAGCUCUCCGGCAGGAGGGCCUCGCCCUGCCGGCCGGAGCAGGCGCCGCGAGGCCCCCGCUCGCUGGCACGCCGGGCGGACUCCAGCGAGCUCCGCGAGGGCCCCCUGGAGAGGGGUACUGGGCAACAUUCGAGUGGCACCCGCAUGCCGCCUACAGGGCGAGGGGCCAGUGCGCAGACAGUGAUGCCAGCUGCUACUGGCGCUGCGGCAGUGGCGCCUACCUCACCGAGGAGGCCAGAGGGUGCACUACCGGCGCGUUCCCGCUGGGCCAGGGCUGGUUCGAUGCCGUGGGCGACGACUGCCAGACCAUUGGCGCCGUCGGCGCGCGCAGCACGGCUGCGGGGGGCAUCUUCUUCGGUGUUGAGAAGGGUGGCCCGCUGCAGUCGGAUCUCUUCGAUGCGGAGGGCCGGCUGUUCUGGCCCGUGCUCGCCCUCUUCGCCAGCGACUACUGCACAGGCCCCUGGCAGGAGUACUACGGCCAAAGCGACUCGUGGGAGCCCAGGAGUCUGAGCGGCGAGACGCCUGGGGCCCAGAGCUUCAAGUCCUACCGUAUCUACAUGAAGCCUGCCGACGAAGAGGAGGUGGAAGGGACCCUUGGCAUCAAGACGGUCUUCUUCCCCUACUUCGACAUGGCCCCUUACGACCAAACGAUCUGCAAAUCGUGCCAAGAAGAGGGCGGCUUGUGCGGCGGCAAGUCGCUGUACACACCGUGGUCCGAGACGCAGGAGUGGCCAGGCUUGGACUGCGUGUCCCCAGACGACCGUGUCAGCUGCUUCACCCCAGGAGAUCAGAUGUGGUACGCCACCGUCAAUGGCAAUGGUGGCAGCGGCUAUGGCUGUGUCGACUUCGCUGGUUGCACGAUCUGCGAAAGCGGCUCAGACCAGAAGUUCUGCGAAGACAAUUGCCCACAGUUCGGCUUCAGUCCCAAUGACUGGUGCAGAGGCUCACCUAUCACGAGCUUAUAUUCAUACCCUUUAGGCAGCUUCUAUCCAAUUACCACCUGUACUUCUCCACAAAAACCUUGGGGGACAGCGGUGAGAAGAGCUAUUGCGGCGACAGCUUGUCCACGGACGACGGUGCGAGUUACGCGGUUUGCACGCCUGGCUCAAGUUUGUACAACAAGUACAGGGAUUAUUGUGUGGCGACCCGCUUCUACAACUGCAAGGACGACCUAAGUUGCCCUUCGCCCUACACUUGUCCUGAAGACCCGAAUACAGCAACGUACCACUUUACCAGCAUGAAGGUAGUGGAUCUGUGCAGCGACAACCUUCAAACUGGUGCUUGCUUUAACACGAUGAACGGCAGCCACCAGGGAGAUCGCGUUGCCGACUGCGGGAGCCUCGAAUACUGGGAUGGACAAUCCACACACGCGCCAACCCAGUGGCCGUUGAAAACCACCUGCUACAUCACAGCUCUGGUCAAGUGUGAGGAGGUUCUCGGCUCCUGGUGAGUGGCCCUGAAGUGCAAAGCCUCCAGUCUGCAUUGCGAUUCGGCCGGCAGCGCUGUGACCGAGGCUGGCACUGGCCAUUGCAUGACCGAAGCAACAGACGGUGCCGCGCGCAUCUGGUAACGCGGAGUUACCCUGGUGGCACUGGCCACUUAUAGAAGUGAACUGUUGGCCCGUGCCUUGGACGGCACUUGUCUUGACUACGACGCAGCAUCUGCUGGGACUUUGAGGCGCUGCGCCUCUCGUGCACGCAGCCAAAGCGGUGUCAGGCAGAGAGCAGGCGCACCUCUCUCUUUUGAUCCCGCUCCGUCGCGCCGAAAGCGCGCGGCGCCGUACAGAGUUGUCUCUCCUUUGUCUGACCUCGUCGGCGCGUGGCAAUUUCUACGUUUAUGCCAUUUUUCGUUUCCCUAAGCUCUCACUGUGUCCCCGCAGCCCUCAAUGCGAAGAGGAGAAGUUGCCCCGACGAGAACGCGCCAAUUGAAUAUUCUGUCGUCGGAGCAGUGCGCACUGCCUCUAACAGGUCUCUGCUCUGCGCAGUCUUGCUUUCCCUGAGGUCGACGGUCGACGAGAUGAGAAAAUCCCUCCUCGCCCUCCCCCGUCCUCCCGAAAGAAUUUGUCGCUGGAGUUCUGGUCUCUAGAGACUUCAACCACCCUGGGUGCUCCGUGCGUCGUGCGGUGGCUUGCAGCGCUUGGCUCGGCAGCCUGGUAUCGUUGAGUUGUCUCACUGGUCUGGUCCUGCGCAGAACUGCGCAUGCCCUGCGAAGGCUGGUUUUGGGACACAGCUGCAGCACGUCGGACGACCCCUCUGCUCGAAGCUGCGGUUCUGUCCUUGGUGACCCUGAGUGUGCUCCAAGGAGUGACGGCCUUUUCCCCAGCGGAGCCCGCCCAGUUUUUCUCUCAACCAUCCUGUGGUGUUGGUCCUCGUUUUGAAGAGACGGUCCCCGCGUCUCUUCCUCCUCAUUCCUCGCUCCCCCCUUCCCCUUCUCGACUAUUUACGCCCAAGAGUGUUCCAACCUUCUUGAUUUAGUCGAGCGUGGUGUGUUUCGUGCUUGCCGCAGUCGCGCGGGCAAGCAUAACUUGCCCUUUGAUCCUCCAGCUUCCGAGCAGACAGAGGCGACUGCUGCUUUCGAUUUCGAAUGGGAAUUCUGCAGCAAUACAUUUUGAAAGCGGUGCGCGAUAAUCUUUGAUAAUCUGAGCGAGCACGCGUAUGCUCGAAUAUUUUUGUUUCCGCUCCAUGAGGGCCCCAGCUGGCAAGGGUCGGACAGGACGGUACAGGGCAAGGUUGACGACAUCAGUGAGAGAACAAAAGCGGAGAUGUGUGGGCGCGCUGGCUUGACAUUUUUCUCUGCUCGGUGCGUGGCGUGGCCGCCUCAGACUUAACAUAUUCGGUACGCAUGGACGCUCGGCGCCGAAGAGCAUCGUCGUGAUCUGUGCCGUGUGCCGCUGGGCUUCCAAUGGGUGUCACAGAGUGUCAUGUGACGUCUUUCUCCUGGAGUGUUGCUGCUUUGCGCGGCCGUUUUCUAUUGCUCGCUUGCUGCUGAGUAUCGGAUGAAAACAAAAGGAGGCCUCAGUGGCUGCGCCCGCCUGGUGGUGAAUGACGCGGCCUCUUCCCAGGGAGCAAAAUGCCCCAUGUAUCGGCCCUCCGACUGACGAACGUACCCUGUCC